ACCGGAGUCCCGCCGCAGAGAAGAAGUGUCAGGUUUCUUCGGUUGUUAGCAUGAAGCUAAGCUAGUCCUCCAUCAUCACCACCAGCGGAGAGUUGUAACAAAGUGACCCGCCCCUGCUUCGCCUCGGCGGGCUCGCACGGACCAGCCCCGCAGUGUUGAGCCUCUUCGUUCUGUCCCGGGUUUGUCGAACGUGUCGUUCUAACUUCCUGGAGAACUUCGUCAGAGUGAAAGUGAGGCGGGCGUCAUGGCGGAGGGAGCGGACCCCGCGAAGAGGAGACAGCCUGCGGGCAGGAAGAGCCGCCAGAGCCGCCAGAGCCAGCCGAAGAAGACGCCCAGCGGCCGGGUGAGUCUGGACAAGGUUCUCGGUCUCAGCACGGCCAGCAGUAGUGGUUUGACCUCUGACCCCAACUCUGGGCUCAUCGCCUAUCCUGCAGGCUGCGUCAUCGUGCUGCUGCACCCGAAGAACAACAAGCAGAGUCACAUCAUCAACACAUCCAGAAAACCCUUCAGUGCUGUUUCCUUCUCUCACGAUGGGAAACACUUGGUCACUGGUGAGAGCGGUCACAUGCCCUGUGUGCGGGUGUGGGAGGUCGGUGGAGGUCAGGUGGCCGAGGUCCAGUCUCAUAAAUAUGGGGUUUCCUGCGUGGCGUUCUCCACCAACAGCUGCUACAUCGUCUCCGUGGGUUACCAACACGACAUGACCGUCAGUGUGUGGGACUGGAGGAAAGGUUCCGUCAUCGCCUCCAACAAAGUGUCCAGCAGAGUUUCCUCAGUCUCAUUCUCUCAGGACAACAGUUACUUCGUCACGGCAGGAAACCGACACGUCAAGUUCUGGUACCUGGACGCGUCCAGAGAACGAAGGGUGAACAGCACGGUGCCUCUGAUUGGUCGCUCGGGGUUGCUUGGUGAUCAUAAGAACAGCGUGUUCAGCGGGGUGGCGUGUGGGCAUGGCCUAAUGGCGUCCAGCACCUACUGCAUCACCAGCUCCGGUCUCCUGUGUCUGUUCAACAGCAGCCGACAGCUGGAGGCCUGGGUCAACCUGAAGACGUCGUCGGCGAGCUGUCUGACCAUCAGUAAGGACUUUAUCUUCUGUGGUUGUGCUGACGGAGUGGUCCGAGUGUUCAGUCCGUCCAACCUGCAGUACGUCACCACGCUGCAGCGACCUCACCGACUGGGCGUCGACCUCACUGAGGCCGUUCAACACGGUCCAGCUGCUCAGUUCCCCGACACGUUGGCUCUGACCUUUGACACCACUGCCAAACAGCUGACCUGCAUCUACAACGACCAUAGUGUUUACGUGUGGGAUGUGAAGGACGUGAGGAACGUGGGGAAGCUCUACUCCGCCCUCUACCACAGCAGCUGUGUGUGGAGCGUCGAGGUGUAUCCUCAGCUGUCAGACGAGUCUCAGGCCUGUCUGCCUCCCUCCUCCUUCCUCACCUGUUCCUCUGACAAUACCAUCAGACUGUGGCAGGCCGACGCCCCCAACGCCCCCAACACAUACAGCAACCUGUACAGCAACUCUGUUGUAUUUCAGGACCUGUUAAAGAUUCUGUACGUGGGGGAGAACACGCAGCACCUGCAGGGGGAGGGGGAGAGGGGGGAGGCAGCAGGGGCUGAUGGGAAGUCUGGGAUCAGAGUGUUGAGUAUCAGUCCUGAUGGACGACACCUGGCAGCUGGAGACCGCUGUGGAAACCUGCGUAUCUUUGCUCUGGAGUUUCUGGAUGAGCUGGUGAAAAUCGAGGCUCACGACUCUGAGGUUUUGUGUCUGGAGUUCUCGCCUACGUCCACAGGUGUGAAGCUGUUGGCGUCGGCCAGCAGGGACCGACUCAUCCACGUCUUCAACCUGGACAAGAACUACAGUCUGGAACAGACUCUGAACGACCACUCGGCCUCCAUCACCGCCGUCAAGUUCACAGGUGAGAGUCCGGAGCUGAGGAUGGUGAGUUGUGGAGCCGACAAAAGCAUCUACUUCCAGAGGGCUGAGCAGACGGCGGAGGGUUUGUCGUUUUCCAGGAGCCAUCACGUGGUGGAGAAGACCACGUUGUACGACAUGGAUUUGGAUUCGUCGAGGACGCACGUGGCCAUCGCCUGUCACGACCGAAACGUCCGGGUUUACAGCGUGGAAACCGGGAAGUUGAAGAAGUGUUUGAAAGGCUCGUCCAGCGAUGAAGGAGCUCUGCUAAAGGUUCAGAUGGAUCCAUCGGGAAGUUUCUUUGCCACCAGCUGCUCAGAUAAAAACAUCACCGUCUCUGACUACGAGUCAGGAGAGUGCGUCGCCACCCUGUUCGGACACUCGGAGAUCGUCACCUGCAUGAGGUUCACUCAGGACUGCAGACACCUCAUCACCGUGUCAGGAGACAGUUGUGUGUUCGUGUGGCGGUUGGACUCUCAGAUGACCGCCACCAUGAGGAAGAGGCGGGGCCUCCGACUGAAAGUUGCACCUGAAACCAAACAGCCAAACAUCAGGAGAGAAACCUUCAUCACUGUUCCCUCGUCUGAGCCGCAGCAGAGGGAGGAAGAGGAGGAGGAGGAGGAGCUCAGCACUCCAGGCAGACUGAACUCUGCUCACGACGUUCGGCUUCUUCAGACCAACGGGAAACUUCCCAUGUGGUUCAGGAAACUGCAGGGUCAGGGCGGAGACUCCGCCGCCGUCCAAUCGGCCGCUGAGCCUCGUCAGGUGCGCAGUCGGUGGACGGAGCAGCUGAACCCUCUGACCAUCUGCUCCAACUUCUCCCCGAGUCCCACCAAGAGUCAGGAGGAGGAGGAGGAGGAGGAGGAGGAGGAGGAGGAGGAGGAGGAGGAGGAGGAGGAAGACUUCCACCCUCAGAGUCUGGAGAGUCUGCUGGGGGAGGAGGAGGAGGUCGAGAUUCCUGACUGUGAUGAUGCUCAGGUGCUGCAGGCUUCAGGUGACCAGAGCAGCAGCAGCGCUGCCGACAGGGAGUUUGACGUUGAAGCUGUGACUGACCCGCAGCGCUGCUUGACCCAGCUGGAGGUCGAAGGUCAGGGGGUGGAGCCAGUGUGGAGUACUCAGCUGAGUCCAGACUCCGCCUGCUCUGAGGGGUCCGCGGGAAGUCUGGAGCAGCCGCACGACGCCGACACCGACUCUCUGAGUCAGGGCAGCUCCGCGGGCAGUCUGGGUCCAGACGAUGACGACGACAGAAACUCUCUGAGGAAUCACUUUGACACUCUGGCAUCGAGUCUGAACGACGAGAAGUUCGACACUGACCUCAGGACACUGCAGCCUCCGGAGGAGAAACACUUCCUGAACCCGCGACUCAGCAUCUCCGCCCGCUUCCUGUCGCGCUUCCAGGACAGACUCAGGGCCUGGCCAAGUCGAGCUCCGCCUCCCAUCUCCGUCCCGACCAGGAUCUCGGAGGAGAACGACGUUGACGCAUCGGUGAACGUAGAGUCGAGCAGCGACGCGGCGUCAAGUGAGUCUACUCGGGAGGAGAACACACAGUCACACACACACGGAGUGAGAGGCAGCCCGUCUGUCCUCCGUAGAAGAGCUUCCUGCACGAUAUCCCAUCAGCCCCUUCGCCGCCCAACACGCCGCCGCCGCCACACUGUGGUGGUGUUCCAGUGCAGAGCGCCACUGGGAGACGUUGACUCCCGGAGCGGCGUGAUGUCUACAGUCCAGCCGGGGGUGGCGCCGCGGCUCGGAUACCUGGGGACCACGGCCAGCUCCAGGGCCAAAGUGAGCCAGGACCCCCCCUCCCCCUCCCUGUCCUCGGAGCCACUGCCUGGUCCGGAUCGUCCUGAGGACCAGAGCAGCGAUGCUCCGUCCUCCCAGAAGUAUCAGCCUCUCAUGGCGAGCCCCCAGGCGUUGGGCACGCCCACUGAGGAGCCGUCACAGGGCGGAGCCAGCAGGUGGAGUGUCGGCAGCAGCAGCGAGGAGACGCCGACAAAUCAGAGCCAAACGCUCAUCAUCGUGAGCCCCGCCCCCUCCGUCACGCCCACCAAACGUGACAUCAUCAAGUCUGACAUCACCUCCUGCUCUGUCUCCAGGCAGGAGGACGAUCGAGAAUCAGACUCUACCUCUGGUGCCCCGCCCACUUCCUCAUGUGCCCCACCCACUUCCUCCUGUCCACUGUCAGAAGGCCCCCGACAGACAGGUGAAAACGAGUCGGUGAGUCUGCAGCAGUGUCAGCAGGUCGCCAACGAGCUGAGACAGACAGCGAGACGAGCGGCUCGCCUCCACAGAAAGCUCAUCGCUGAGCGGCGUCUUCAGAUGUCGUCCGUCCUGCAGGAGGCGUUUGUUUUCGUCCACUAUGAGCUGCAUGUCGUCCUGCAGGGAGAGGGGCAGGGUUUACAGGGAGAGGGGCGGGGCAGUGAAGCCCUCUCUGGUCCACAGGCGGUCCUUCAGGGAGAGGGGCGGGGCAGCGAAGCCCUCUCUGGUCCACAGGCGGUCCUUCAGGGAGAGGGGCGGGGCAGCGAAGCCCUCUCUGGUCCACAGGCGGUCCUUCAGGGAGAGGGGCGGGGUCUACAGGACGAAGGGACAAUGUCUCUGCUGGAGAAAUACUCCGAGCUGCUGGUUCAAAUGACCCAGAACAAACUGAAUCGGAUCUGACCCGGGACCAGUGGAACCGGAUCUGACCCGGGACCAGUGGAACCGGAUCUGACCCGGGACCAGUCUCGUGCUCGGUGUUGGUACGGAGGCUGAAGCAGGUCAAAGUUCACUCUGACGUCAGAAUGACAGAUUUUAUUGAUAUCAGUAUUAAACUUUUGCACCUUAACGUUGUUUGAUGGCAACAAAGUGUUUCAUGUGUUUGUCAUGUUUGUACAUAAACUGCAGUUUUAUGUUUUAAUAAAUGUUUCAACGUCUCAUA